AUGGAGCAGAUUCUGCCAGCACCUACAUCCUCAGCAAGGCCUAAAAACAGCAGCUCGUUUCUCCAGUUUGGCCCAUCAGAGUUGCCAGACUCCACAGAUUGGCAGAUGAUCCACACCAUUGUUCCUCCUUACAUCUUCAUCCUGUCGCUGUUUGGACUUCUCUUCAACAGCUUUGUCCUAGCAGUGUUUGUGGCCCACAAGGACCGACUUACUGUGGCAGAAAUAUAUCUGAGCAACCUGGCUCUGGCGGACUUCCUCCUCCUGUGUGGACUCCCGUUCUGGGCGAUGUACAUCUUGAACAGGUUCAACUGGUCAUAUGGAGAUGCUUUGUGCAAACUGAUCAACUCCAAUAUAGUCCUCAAUUUCUACACCAGCAUCUAUACCCUGGUCAUGAUUAGUAUUGAUCGCUACUUAGCUCUUGUGAAAACCAUGAAGGCGAGGUGGUUGAGACGGACCCUGUAUGCUAAGAUAAUGUGCUUCAUUCUGUGGCUGUUGGGGCUGUUCCUCAGUCUGCCAACCAUCAUUAACAGAAAGGUAAAGUUCAUUGAGGAGUACAAUACAACUUCCUGUGUUUUAGAUUACACCCAUGAAAGUUCUUGGAAGCUUGCCCAUCAGAUUCUGAUGAACAUGUUGGGCUUCAUGCUUCCUCUCCUCAUCAUUGUUUUCAGCAGCUGGAACAUAACCAAGGCUCUCGCUCAGAGAACGGAAAAUGCAGCUUUUCAUAACUUCAAUGAUACAAAAGCCACGGUGCUCGUCUAUGCUGUCACACUGCUAUUUUUACUGUGUUGGGGUCCCUUCCAGAUUUUAACCUUCCUCGACACACUCUGUGAUGUGAAAGUGCUGGAUAGAGCGCUCUGGUCUCACACUCUCAGCAUUGGAGAGCAGGUUUCUGUGUAUCUGGCCUUUCUCAACAGCAUGCUGAACCCUCUGCUGUACGUUUUCUCUGGACAAUACUUUAGAAGGAAGGUUAGUGCCGUCUACAGAAUGGCUAAGCAUCAGCGCAGAGGAUCAGACAUGACUAUAUAUCAGCGAUCUGUAGUGUCAACGCAUGUCAAUAGAACAGAGCAAAUAAGACCAGUGGUGAUUUUCAAUCCUAAAGAUCAAAUAGGACUCUAA